AUGGAGGCCAAAAUUACACAGAGCCUUGAAUUUACAAGGGCUGCUGGGAGUAUUAUUAAAGGCUGCUGGAAAGGCCAGGGCCAAGCUGAGACAGUUUCACCGAUCUGCUUCUACAUGUCUGAGAGGCUAAUACGUAUAACGUAUAAUCGGAACGGGCGUACUUUGGCGAUAUAUCACACUAAUAAGGAGAAAGAUAUCCAAUACUUACAAGUUCUCGGCGCUGGAUUGUUGAGACACAAGGCAGUGGAAAGGAGAGUACCGAUGUUCAUGUCGAGAUCUCUCGCACGGAAAAUCAUCAAACGCAAGUUCAAAGAACUGUCCUAUGAAAGCAAUUCCCCAGGAGAUCAUCAAGUGUUCGUCAAAGAAAUUUUGCGAUCAACCAAACAUGGUGCAUAUUUUAAGAGGAGAGGAAGAAGAUCUCUUACUGAAAACGAAGUUGUAACGCUGGAGAAAAUCUCAGCAACUUUAUCCAAAUACUUGUCGAGUUCUCACCUGUCAAAAGUUAUGGAAAGAUGCAACUUGUUCUUUUUGGGUCUCAUCCGCUCCAGAGGACCACUGGAGAACACUCCAAAGGAUCAUUUUAUGGAACGAUUUACAAGGAAUCACAUGGAUUAUGAAGUCAAUGUUGUUAAUCGCGUUUGUCCAUCAGGAAAAUCUCACAAACCUCCAAGAGGGACUGGGUACGAUAGUAACAUUGGGGCCAAUAAAAACGAGAAAUCGCACGAUUGCGAAGACAUGCGCAAUGGAUCAGACCAAGAAUGUUUUGGAAUGUGCGGGAAGAAAUGCUGGUGCUGGCACUGGGUGUGCGGCGAUUGUUGUUUGCACAAGGGUUGUCUGCAACACGAUGCAUGUUGCCGUUAUGCAAAUCCUCAGUAUUUAUCGACAUAUUGCCUUCUUCCGUUUGUUUACGGGUUUGAUUGCGAAAAUGGUUAUCCUGGCUACCCAACUUGUCUGCAUAGGUGA